GAGAGAGAAUCAGGCCAGAAGGAGGCAGCACCUUGCCCCCCCCCCCCCCCCCCAGGUAAAACAACAAAGGUGACAGUGACACCAAGACAGUGCAUGAGGCCCUCGGCGGCCGAGGGUGAGGAGAAGUCACCAGCCCACUGGCCUCCCGGCCGGCACCCACCAGCCUCUGCCUCACCCGGGCAGGAGAGGCGGGGACUCUGGAGGGAGCACCCAGCCUGGCCGCUGGCCCAGUGGCCUUGGGACCCUGGGCAGCAAGCCCAGCUGGCCACACCCCCUCUCCUGCCCAGAGCUAUGCGCCGGGCUGUGCCGGGCGGCUGCACCCGGCAGCUGUGGGACGUGGGCAGGCCAGGGACCUGGACCGGGCAUGGCCGGGAGGGACGCGGAAGAACCUGCACUGGGGAGGAAAAAAGGAAGAAGAAAGAAAAAAAAACAACCCUGAGCCGACAGCGGAGAGCAGCUCGCCCCGGCCUGCAUGUGGCGGGGCGGCCCCCUCUCAUCUGCUUCUCGCGACACUGGUUUGGAACCUGCGUCACACCAAGGCCGUCACACCAAGGCCGCAACGCCAGCCCUAAGGGGAAACCCGUGCCGCAGGAGCCGGGCGCGGCGCCAGCGUGCCCCGCGGGAGAGUGCUGAGCCCCCGGCUGAACUGGGGUGCACCGGCUUGCUGCCACCCCCCCCCAGGCGGCAGACGGAAAGUGGGGGUGGGGGAGGAGGCUGGGCCGGUGGCCACGUCCUGGGAAUUUCAGACGGAGGUUGAAAAUCUUGCUUUCUUCCUUGCAUCUGAUAAACACUAACGAUCGUGUGUGCAGGCGGUGUCCGGACACAGGACUUCCUGCGCUCUGCUCUCCUCCCCCAACGGAGCACGGAUGGACUUGGCUGUGUGCGUGACACGCAGGAGACACCCCAGGACGUCGCCGACAGCCUCGCACUGCACGCCCAGGGGCGCAUGUGCGCCCGGGCGCUUCAGGUUCUGGUCAUUUAGCAUGGCCCAGGGAUGACACUAGAAUCCGUGGUGCCCUGCUGGAGACCCUUCCUGGGGUGGACACAGCUCAGCCCCUGGUGGAGGGUGCGUGCCAGGGCUCCUGCGGCUGCGUCUCAGCUCUGGAGUCUACCGGCUGCCUGUCCCGGGGCCAGGGGUCCCCGUCGCGGCGGUCUCAUGCCCACACGCAGGACAGGACCUGUGCCCCGGGCAGCUCGCUGCCUGGCCCACUGCAGCCCCUCAGUGGACAGGGGGGCCCCGGUGUUCUGUCUGUCCACCGCCACGGGGACAUUUUUGCUCCAUGUAGAGUCAUCGCCCGGCCCGGGACCCAGCACACAGCCCCGUUUCCCAACAAAGACCCAAACUGUAGAUGUCAUCCAAGCACAACCUUGCAGGCAGCACCCUGAGACUUUGAAAUGCAUGCACUCAGCCACUCGCGGGCGUUCUGGGCUGGGCCGACAUCUGCGCUUCCUCAGCCUUGGGAACCGCUCCCGCAGGAAGGGGUGAGGAGCUCCCCACGGACCUCCUUGUGCACCCCCACUCUGGCCUCGUGGGUCCCAGCUCACGGCUGCUGCGCGGGCGUGGGGGCGGCCCCGUCCUUCCCCCAGUCCAUGCUCCCUGGCACAGUCCCGCCCUGCAGCGCCGUCAGCCUCCAGGGCUGGAGUGGCCGCUGCCUCCCUCGGUGCCCCUCUAACUUGUCGCUGCCCCAGAGGGCCCUGCCAGUUUCGUGCCCCCUCAGUCACCGUGGUAGCUCCAAGGGCGAGUGCCCAGGUCCGUCGCACGCUGGGACCUGCGGGCAGUUUGCAGCCCAUGGACAGCCAUGCUUGCGGGCCCUGCUGACCAGCGAGUGACCGGUUCUAGUCCAAGGUCACUGCUCUUGGCAGAGCCCGAGCAGUCUGGGCUGUUGCUCGCUGGGCCGUCGCUUUGUUUUCCUUUGUCUCAUGUGUUCCUAAAAACCCCUGUUUGCGGCCCUUAUCUGGUUUACAGGUAGGCCUUGCCUGCUGGGACAGCCGGGGUCAGGGACCUGCGCUCUGGUCCUGCGAGCAAGCCCUCUCCUCUCUGGGGAGGGCACUGACCAGAGCUCCGGGAAGGCCCAGGAAGACUUCCCGGCUCCCAUGAACGUGGGAAGCAGCAGGGCCCGGGCCUUGGCUACUGCGCCCUGCAGGCCCCCAGAACCUUGCAAACCACCAGUCAGACCCUCAGGCGCCUGGCCUCGCACCUCACCUGCCAAGAGGCCCUGCAGGAGCUGGCCUGGGCUCUCUCCACUGCCCUCCCUGGCAGUCACCUCGGCGUGGGCGGGCACGGCCGACCCAGCCUCCACGGGGGGCGGGCGUGCUGGACAGGGGGAGGCCAGUUUCUGGCUCAGCAGGGAGAGAUGGAUGCUGACAGGGCACAUCCCGGGAUGGAGAUGGCCGAGAGGAAGAGACGGAGAGGGGGUGGGGAGGAUGGAGUGGAGAAGCCUGGGGGCCGGGGACCCAGCGGCCAUGGCUGCAGCGUGAGCGUGGGUGCCUUCGGCAAACAGGUGGUGUUUAAAGUUCAGGGAGCGGAGGGGAGCGUAGGGAGGGAGCGAGUGGGAGGGGAGGGCUGGGCAGAAGCCAGACAACUGCGUGGGCGGAGGCGGCUCCCCGCUGGCGCCCCCUGGUGCUGGCAGCUGCGGCUCUGUGGGGCCAGUGACAUCCCCUCUGGACGGUCUAGACCUCAGACUGCACCCCAGGUGACCUCCUAAAGCAGCCUCGGAGGCCCCACGAGCUGGGGGCAGGAGGGAGACGCCCACCCGCCCGCCAAGGGGGACCCAGCCACAGCUCCACGUAGCAGCAUGCGGGCAGCCUGGGCCAGUUUCCUGCAGAGGCCCUGCAGCUGGAGGCAGUGUCCUGAGAGCUGGGAGGGGGCCCAGGGCCGAGGGCUGGGAGGUCACAGCAGCCAGAUUCCAGAGGACUCGCGGCUAGGGAAGGGGUUUGGUCCUUCUCCUGAGACAAUGAGAGGACCCCAGAGAAGCAGGACAAGGUCAGUGUGGAAGAGACUGGGGGAGGAAGGGGACAAGUGUGGGCUGGGGGCUGCAGCAUCAAGGUCACAGCUACGUCCCACCCCCAGGAAGAAGCGCCACACUCCAGGAAGGGAGGGGCCACAUUCCAGGAAGCUCUGUGUGUGUGCACACAUAUGUGCGCCUACAUGCAAAAGUGUGUACGCAUGUGCAGUGUGCAGGAAUACGGAGGCACAAGGGGGUCAAAGUCCAGUGGGCAGAGCUUCAGAUGGGGCACAGGGCGUGGGUGUGGCCCUUCUUCCCAGGGCUGCUGGGUGGGCCGUCUCCCACCCCAGGAGCCUCUACUUGGGGAAGGGUGCGUGGGCUUCUCCUCCCAUGGGAGACACAGGCGUGACACCCUUGGUCCAGCCUCAGCCCUCCACCCUGCAGGCAGCCCUGGGCCAAGGCGCAGAGCACCUGCCCCCAGUGCCCCCUGGCCGUGCGUGCUGGCGCCUCCCCCUGGGCCUCAGCCAGGUCCCGCAGAAUCUCCGGCGUGGUGCAGCUCUGCCCUAACCCCACCAUAAUCACACCCGGGUCCACCACCGUCCCCAGCAGCCGUGUGGCCACAGGUGCAUUUCUGCAGACGCACACGGCUGUGCUGGUCUGAUUUGGUCACGGGGUCUUGUCCACCCAAAGCUGCCUCGAUGCACCCUUGCCGGGCCAGAACCAGCACCGGUCACAUAACUGGCAGGGCCCCGAUUCAACAACACCGACAAAUUUCGAGCCCGCAACUAGGCAGCUUGGGCGGUUCUGACAGCCAACCAUGCACGUGGCGAGAACCAGCUGGGGUGAGCCCGGCCCUACUCUCUCUCAUCCCUGCCGGCAUCAGGAUGGAGCUCCCGCCGUGCACCACGCUCCACAGAGGUCCUGAGAGCCGUGCUGGCCCUGCACGGCUCCCCGCACCCCAGUCUCCAACACCCGCCCAGCCCAGAGCGUGGAGGCCCCGAGCCGGAGCUGCACUGCUGCCCGCCAGGCUCCUCCCCCGUGAGCCCGGCGCUGUGGCCUCAAACGCCCUCUUGGGCGUCCCCAGAGCCGAGGGGCACGAAGCCCCAUUGCUUGUUGCUCGUCUGUCCUGGCCCCAGGCCUCUUCCACUCCCGCUGCGGUCACACCCGGGAGGCUGGGAGCCACAGUGCCUCGGCUGAGACACAGGCUCGCCCUGGAAGGCCCCCCCCACCCUCGCCCCCCAGUCCUCGUCUUUUUGUCUCGGUCGCUCGGUUUGGCUCUGGGACGUGAUACAAAAGGAAUUGCAGAAUUGCACAGGAUGUGCUCUCUCUGGUCUGGCUUCUUUCCGCGCCACCCCCCCGGCCCCCCCAGGCCUCUGCCCUGGCGUGGGGAGCUGGGAGCUCCCUGGCCCCGUCCUGCCCCCCCCCCCGCCCCCGCAGAGCUCUGUCCCGACUUCCGGUUUCCUUCGCAGCCCGGGUCAGGGCUCAGAGCGCUCAGCAGGUCACCCUUGGCACUCAGGAGGCUGCACUGCGUCCCGGGAGCCCACCAGCCCCGGUACUGCCCAGGCUGCCAGCCACUGCCAGCCCUGGCCUGGGCACCGCGAGCCAGAGACCACCAGCACUCCUCUUCCAGCUGCUGGCGUGGGGGUGGGUGGGGCUUAGUACAGCCGAGUCCUCCUAUAACCUCUCAGUGCGGGGCCCCAGAGCAGCAGCACCAGCCACGGGAGGCUCAGAAAUGCAAGCGCCUGUUCCCCUCCCCCACCCCCAGGGGCUGAAUCAGACACCCUAGGGUGGCAGAGCCCAGCAGCCCUGCUCCCGCCCCCUCCCCAGGUGCCUCCCGCAGCAGUGCGGCCUCCUGUGUGUGGGCGGCAGACACGGGUGUGGAGAACAGGCUGGCUCCCGGCUGUGUGUGAGCACUCAGGCGGGACGUGCGGCUCACAGAGCCUCGGCUCCCACGGGCAGAGGCCGCCUGCUCUGAGCCCAGGACACCGCGCACCCCAGGUGCCCUGGCCAGCCGACUUCUGCUGUUUGAUCACGGGAAACAGCAGCUGGAGGUCAGAGGACAGGAAGAGGGAGGAAGAGGGAGGAAGAGGGAGGAAGAGGGAGGAAGAGGGGAUGGGCAGGGCAGCGGGGGGCGGUGGGGUGCCGGCAGCUGCUCCCAGACCAGCUUCUUCAGUUGGGGUGGGGGAGGCUGCCGUGGGAGCCCUGCUUUGUGGUCUGCCAACAGCAGUGAUGUGACCACCCCCACCACGCACUUCUGGAGCGUGGCUCCGCCCAACCCUGGCACCCCCGUGCACAGGUGCUCCCACUGGCCGGGUGUAGGGCAACCAGUGAGCCGUGUGUACUGCGCCUCUGUCGCCUUCGCUUUAAAUGUGACUUAUUUAUGUGAUUGAGUUAUGGGGACGCGCUGGGUGACGCUCCCUGGCGGAGCUCCUCUGAGACCGUGUCUGGUCCCAGGAUUCCUCUGCCCAGCCUGGCUCUCGCCCUUCAGCCCGGGGUGGGGGUACUGCAGGCUUCCUGCUGCUGUUGUCCCCCGGUUGGGCUCCCAGCAUGAGGUCUUGGCGUGCCAGGGCUGGGGGGGGGGCAACAGAGCAGAAGCCCCGGCUCGUUUUAUCCAUCCACCUCCUGCGCCAGCUCCCAGGAGUCAGAGCCCAGGACAGGAGCCACGGGCAGGUGGACGCAGGGGCGGGGAGGUUCUCUCAAAGGAGCGCUCUCCCUCCACAGCCGUCACGACGGCCACGCAUGCGGCUGGCACCCGGUGCCGCCCUGUCGGGGUUCUGCAGAGGGACGUCUCCUCUGACCCCAGCACCCUCCAGACGGGCUGGGCCGGGUCGCGUCUGCAUGUCAGUCUCUACGAGACGCACGAAAUCGGUACUGGCACAAGCUCACGGCAGAGUACUCUGCGGUCACCCUGGAAAAAUGCUCCAAGAUGGCCAAUGAGAGAAAGGAAGAAUGACGGGCACGAGCCGAGAAGGGAGGGUGGGGGGAGGAGCCAGCUCUGUGGUCCAGGAGCCGGGUGGCAGAGGCUGUGUCCGAGAGGGGCCGAGGGGCUGGGGCCUGGGUGGGUGUCGAGCGCUGAGCCGCCCCCUGCCCUGCCUGCGUGGUAAAUACUUGUGAUGGGAGCCUCCCCUGCUCAUUCUCAGCUCGGCUCCUCACGGCCCUGGGCGCUGGUGAACCGGGGUGGAGGCACCCAGCCAAGGACCCCUGGCCUCCCUCUCGGGGGCAGGAAGCCUGCUGGCUCCAGGACGCUGGCAGCGGGGACUGCGCUCUGCCCGCGAGCGCGCUAGCCCGCUCACUGCCAGCUCUGCGCAGCUCAGCCCAGAAGGAGCGGGGGUCUGAAGGGGACGGCCUCGCAGGCCUCGGGCACUCGCUGGCCUCCGGGCCAUCCCGGUGUCUGCUGGCGCCUGGGGGAGGCGCAGCCCUUCUAGCAGGUUCCACAGGAAGCUCCCUUCCCCAGUGUUUCUGCCCUCCCCUCUUGGUGGGGGCUUCUGCCUUCCUGGCCCAGGGCACAGCUUCACAGCCGGGCUCCCCUAAUCCCCUGAGCACACAGCCUCCCUCCCCAGGCAGCUUACAGAGCUGGUGUUUCCCGGAAUGCACUGGGAACCGUGCGUCAGCCGCGCGCAUCAACGCCCACGACCGCCCUGCCGCCCAGGUACUCGGAGCGCAGGACAGCGGAGGGGGACACCCGCGCCCCCCUCUGGGGGCCCUGGGCACCACCUAGGGCCACCUCCAGCGGUGAUUAACCUGCUGAGGACGUGGCGGGGGUCAGACGAGGGUGCGAGCUAGGACCGGCAGGCGUGGGCAGAGCCGGUGGUCUGUGCGCAAUCCUGGGUGCCCCGGCAGAGGAGGGCACCGCUGACUCAGUGUCUGUCAGUGAUCCUGGGUGCUGAGCCCCGCCUCCCAACAGAGACGCGGCAGGGGGUGGAGCUGGGCCUGUUCCCCCUAGGGAACCCAAGUACAAGUGUGGUUGGAGCCGAGCGAUGGGCACAGGGCUGGCCACUGGCCCCACGCGCCGUGCUGAGGACAGGGCCUCGCUCUCCUUGAUGGCCGCUGCGUUCCUGGCCGGCGCUCACAUGGGGCGCGCGGCUGAGCUGAGGGAAGCAGUGGUCAGCCAGCAGGCAGGGCCGUGGCUGUGGCCGUGGCCGGCCUCUCUGGACACUGAGACCCCAGGCUGGGUGAACAGAACAUUGCCGGCAGAGAGCACAGCACAGGCCAAGGCCCGGGGGUGGCAAUAGCUGGGGUGGAUGGGAGCGGGCAGAGAGGGGGUCAAGGAGAAGGGGGCUGUGAGAGGCAGUGCGUUUAGGGCCUUAGUGUCACUUGAGCAAGUGACUAAACUGCUCUGGGCCUGUUUUCUCUCGGACCCCCCGCAUGGAGGUUACAGCACCCACAGGUCAGGAUCGGCACUGGCUGCCGGCGGCACCAUCACAACUGAUCACAGCUGGUCAGCAGGGAGCCCAGGGGACAGGGCUGGCCCAGCCCCUUCCGAGUCCUUUCCAUUCCAAAUGCCCCUCCCCCAUCCUCUCCCCGCUGCCCCCACGCCUGCCCGGGGCAGGCCUGCGGCUGGCGGAGGCCGGGGUCCUGUCCACAGCUCUGUGUUGGACGUCUUCCGGCCAAAGCAGGAGCAAGGCCUCGGCGUGCCUGCUUCCCUGCAGCGGGCACCAGGCAGGUGCUGGUGGGUGAGGAGCUGGGGAGCAGGCCGGUGCGCAGUGACGGGGUGGGGGCGGGGUGGGGCUCUGAGCACAGUGCGGCUGUGUCCCAGGCACCCAGGGCCGAGAGGUCCCUCUCCACGUUGUGCAAGGCUCUGGCCGGGACUGGGUGGGGCCGGGUCCCAGGUGGGACUCUUGCCCCGCCCCGGCCUGCUGGCGCAGGGCAGAGGAGGGUGCAGCCAGGUGCUGCUCCCUGCGCGGGACGGGUGCUCCCGCCUGGGCGCCACUGCUGCCCCUCCCCGAGUCGCCGUUCUGCUGCAGCAGCUCAGGCCGAACCCUCAGUCACCCCUGGCUCUCCCCCUCCGUGAGUGCAUUCAGUGUGGGGUCACUGGACAGCACCGCCCUGCUCUGCCUGCUGCAAAGCCGCCUCAGUGGUGGUGGCCCUCCAGCGUCCUCCCGUCAGUGGUUGGACAGGCACACCAGGCAGCCCCUGAUGGCCUCCCUCCAGCCCAGGUAUGAACAGGUCCCUGCUGACCUCUCUCCUUGCUGCCUCCCUGGCUGCUCACGGCGCCACGCUCGCUCCUGCCUCGGGCUUUGCACUUGCUGUUUCCCAGAGCGCUCGUCCCCCAGGCAGCCACAGAAUGGCCAGCAGGUGCUCAGCGAGUGCUGGUGCCCGAACUGGGCCACCCAGCUUUCCCUUGUAGGAGAUGGCCAUGGUCAUGGCCCCCGGCCCAUGGGGGACAGUGCCAGGAGGGCUGGCCCCCAGCUCCCCAAGAGUGGCUGGAUGUCUUCCCUUUGGGGGAGGCCAGAGAGAGCCUGAGCCUGGCAGACAACUCGGGCUGGGCUUGUUUCUGGCCUGGGACUGUGUCGGGGCACAGCUGAUCCUCCGGCAUGUUCUCUGCACCCGCAGUGUGAGAACGGGUCAGAGGCUGGGGGGCGGGGGCAGCUAGCCAGCAGGAGUCAGGGCCGGAGGCUCUGGCCAGGGCAGCCGGGGAGGCAGAGGUGUUCCCCAGGAGUGCUGGGGCCCCUGGGAGGUGUGUGAGGAGGAGGUGCAGGGAUGGGCAGGGGAGCGGGGAUGGGCUCCUGUGGGCAUUCCAGGAUGCCCAGUGGCUGCGUGGCAGCCUGCAGGAGGGCUGAGGAAGGCUGGAGACCCUGCUGGUGACCUGGGGCAGGGGGGACAACAGCAGGCACUGACUGCACAUGGCUGUCCAGUUUCCCAUGCACCUGCCAGGCCCUCUUGCAGGUGUGUGUAGGGGUACUUUCCAUUCCAUCUCGAAUAUUCCGGAUUCUUCCCCUCCCCUCCUCAUGUGAGGACCGAGAGGCUUGGGGAGUGGACAAGGAGCCAGGGAGCCCCAGCGGCUCCGGCCCUCUCUGCCCGGGCUGAGUCGUGGCUGCCCCAGGAGACGAGUGCCCCAGGACAGUGGCUGCCGGGGACCGUAUUUGGGAAAAAGGUCUUUGCAGGUGGGGUGAGGUUGAGGGUCUCCAACUGAGGUCUAAAGCCUAAGACGAGUGCCCUUGCGAGAGGGAGACGCGACACAUGGGGAAGGCCACGUGGCCAGAGGGGCCGAGACUGGAGCCCACACACGGGCGGGACACGUGACAGGGAGAGGAGCUGGCAGAGCCCAUGAGAGUCGUCCCCCUCCCUCCCCGCCGCUGGCUCCUCGCUUCUGGCUUCUGUGAGUCCAGACUGUGUUUUUUUAAGCCAGCUGGCCUGUGGGCGUCUGUCACAGGUCAGCUGCAGGCCACUCCCAGAGAUUAACCCGCCCGGGGGAGGGUGGUGCUGGCUCACCUUCCUUUCGGUUCCAGUUCUGUCCCCGCCCAGCCGCGGGCCCUGCUCUCCCUGCAUGGGUGGUGCAGCGAGGGGACAAAGGGACGCAGGUGGGGCCCUCCCGAGCCAGGCACCUCUGGGGCCCCUUGGCAGAACACCCUGUUCUUGGUGCCUGCUGGGCAGAGUCCCUGCAGGUGAGAGGACGGGCGAGCAGCGGGCCGACGGCUGGCUGGGGACCAGAGCUGUGCAGCCAGCAGUUUCAGAGGGGAAAACCGGGGUGCAGGAAGGCAGCCGGGGUGGGGGGCAGCCCCUGUGCAAAGGCCCUGGGGGUGAGAAGCCAGCCAGUGGGGACCACUUAGGGACCACCCGCCCCCAGGCCGCCCCCACCUGGAGCUGCUGUUGAAAGCAGAUGAUGAGGCUGCCAAGGUUGCCCUGCAGGAAGGGGCGGGGUUGGGGUCAAUGCGGAGCGUCCACUCUGGCUUCCAAAGGCCAGCAGCAGCCGCCCCCCACCAGGCUCUUCGGCUUCUGUGCGGGCAGGGGGGUAGGGAACUUUUCUCCGCCGAGGGCCAUGUGGGUGUUUACGUCACACAAAACCACGAACUUAAAAACGAGUCUGCUGUAGAUGGAGUUUCAAGUGCUGCCUGCAGUUGCCCGGGCCGGGCCAGAGCCCACGAUUUCACGGGCCUCCUACGAGCUGUGGGCCGGAUGCCACAGCACACACAGGGCCCCCAGGAUGGGAACCCAUGACCAGGGCGAGGGCCCCCCAGGGGCAGCCACCAGCAGGAAGGAUGAGGUCGAGUCCAGGGGUCACUCCUGGGCCAAGCCAAGCUCCAACACCAAGAGCAGUGCUGGUUUGAAGACGGACACAGCGGCGCUCUCCCAACAGCUGGCGGGAACAGACAUUGGGGACGCCAUCACGGCAAACAGGGUGGCGGCGCCUCGGGGGCUACAACAGACCCAGGGGACGACCCAGCAGCCCCCACUGGCAGGUGCACAUCCGCGGGAACCAGAGUUGUCUGCCCCAGAGGCAUCUGAGUGCGGCCCCUUCAUGCCAGCCCAGGCAUGGCUGGAGGCCGCCGGCUGCUGGCCACUGCCGGCCACUACACGGAAUAAGAAAGGGAGACACCCCAUCAGAGGCCACGCCACGGGAAAUGAGCCAGGUACAGACAGACAACGGCUCCGUGUUCCCACUCCUGCAGACGCUGAAGGGUGGGAGAGGCGGGGAGGGGGGCUGAACACAUGAGACAGGAGGUGGGGCUUUUCCACAGCGCUGGGCAUGACCACGGUCGACCCCACACUUCAUCAAGAACCACAGGAGAGGCGGGCAAGGUGGCCAGCACAGAGAACCCACAGGCAUUUAAGGAGAGGAAGAUGCUAACGGCCCCGGGGUGACGGGCGCUCAGGGCGUGCGUCCACUGGUUACUGCACGGGACUCCACAAACAUGAACACCUACCGCCAGUUUUACAAGAACUAAGCACCAAGUCUUGUGCAAGGGAGCGGCCCAAGGAGCCGAGCGCUCAGCACAGCAGGGCUGCAGACAGGGACAGAGGCACCAGGGGCUCGGGACACCGCCCGAGGCCAGCUGGCCUCUCCCCUGGUGGCACUGGAGCACGCGUGAGAGCCCUGUGCAGGUCUCUGAGCCAUUCAGAGCUCCCCGUGGGACUCACGGCCGCCAGGGACCUGGGAAUGGUCCUGGGAGACGGGUCUGUCACGGGGCCGGGCAGCAGUGCCCGUGAGAGCCUGGAUGGGGGAACUGGACAGACGAGGCAUGGGCAUCCCCACCCGAGCACGGGGAGAGGCCCAGUGAGGGCCCAGGGACUGCUGGGCAGGCGGGAAGGGCCGGCAAGGCACGCCAUGGUCUCCUGGGGAGCCCACCCCUGAGCCCAGAGUUCAGGAGGUGGAGAAAAGCCUCAGGCUGGGCCUCUGUGCAGGGCCCGAGCUGUCCACGGCAGCCUGACACUGAGCAGGUGCGAACACAGGUCUCGAAGGUGGACACAGCAUGGCUUGGCUGCCCCCCGCCCUGCCUACCAGUUCCAAGGGGCCUGGGCUGCUGGCGUGAGCGGCAGAUGACAAUGACUUCUGUGUACACGUUGGGGGACACCCACGGAGGCACCCCUUUCUCCCUCCCAGCACCCCUGAGUGGGGGGGGGGUUGAGCCCAUUUUCCUGCCAGGGAGACUGAGGCCCAGGGCCACCACACUUUCCUAAGGUUGGUGCAAGGUUCCCAUUAGGAUCCCCACACUCGUAGCUCACCCUCCUUGCUCUGGGGCCAGGAGGCCUGGCCACUACCUUUAAGUCUCAGCCCCACUGCCCCCCGCCCCAGGCCUCUGCAGCGAGCCCCUGCCCGCCUGCUGGGGGCCCUCCUUACCGGACGAUGAGCAGGCUGGGUGUGGAGGUAACAGAGAGGCCAGGUGGCCCGGGAGGAGGAACAGGCACAGUGGUGCUGGCCCUCCCCCGGGGGACCCCCCCCAGGACGUGGCAGCAGGGAGGCCAGGGGGCAGGAGCCCGGGCUGGCCUGUCUGUCGCAUCAUAAAGUCCUGCCUUGGGGUGGCUGGGCGCUGGUCACCGGGCACAAGUCCAGGCUGCCCCCUUCUCCGCUGGGCUCGGGCAGACAGCACAGCGAUAGCACCCAGAAAACGGGAGGGGGCCCGCUGCCCAGGGGAGCUGGCGUGGGCCUCAGGCCAGAGCGUCGGCCGCUUAACAGCUGCGUCCACGUGGGCAGCCGCAGCCCCACCCUCCGCCCAGCACCACCACCUGCUGGCUCCUGUUUGCAGCCACCGGCCUCACCUGUGCACCUCCUGGGGGCGGGGAGAGGGGUUGGGGGGAGGCGGGCUGAGGGGCCACAGGUGCUGACCCCGCCUCGGGCUGUGUAGCCCCUGGGAGGCUGCUUGCCCUCUCUUAGGCUAACAGAGGCCCUGGGCUAAGGCUGCCCCCUCCCUCGACGCUGGGGCUCAGGGUGGGAGGGGCAUAGGUGGGAGGGUGGGGCUGGAGGCCCUCGCUCUGUGAUUUCAGCUGGUCCCCUGCCCUCGCCCAGGGCCCUGUGAGCCCGGAGGGAAAGCCCUGCACACAGCAGGAGGCUUUGCCCACGGGGUCUGACACUGGGGUGGGGGUGGGCAGGGCUCAAUGCAGAGCCUGCUGGGAGCAGCCCAGCUGGUGGGGGGCGGGCGCCUUCCGUGAGAACUUCCCUGUUGGAGGCCGAGUGAGGCCAGCGGCCCCAGGAAGAGCUGGGCGGAGACAGGAGCGCCCGGCCGGGCACAGCUGACACACUGGGUCCUGGGCUGAGAUUAACUUGGGCAGCCCAGCCCCCUCCCCGGAAUGCGUGCAGCCAGGGUCACGAGAGAGUUCGAGCCGGAGCUGGACUGGACUGGACUGACUGAUGCCCUGGGCUCCGUGAGCUCACCGCUGGGAGACAGGCCUGCCGCUGCGGUGGCGCUCGGGAGAGGUCCUGCCUGAGAGGUCAUCUCACGGCUGCCCUCCAGGGAACUGCCGGGGAAACCGAGGCACCUCUCUCAACUACACAGAACCGUCCUCUGACAGCAGGGGACCAGGAGCAGCGUCCUGUGGGCACUCUGGGCGGGACCCGCAUCAGGGGACUCACCUCCCGGGGGUCAUAGUUCUUCUGAGAGCCGCUGGGAGGCCCCGGCCGCCCCUGCCCCUCAGCAGCCAUGCCUGCGCCACAUGGCUCCCCCUCCCCACUGCUGCCACCUCAGCCCCCAGAGCGUAAGGAGACAGUCAGAGGGUGGGGCCCGCCCACCCGCCCCGGGCCAGGCUCUGGGAGAGCUCUGUUCUGUGUCCACAGGAUUCCGUGCAGGUGAGACUGGGGGCCAGUGCCCCACCUCCUGUCCUGCACCUGUGACCUCCAGCGACCCUUCCCCGACACCUGCCACCCCUGGAAGUGUCCAGGACAGGCUACGAGAGCUGGUCCUCUUCAGCCUGGGAUGGGAGGACUCGGACCUUCUGGGCAGAGCUGCACAAGGGGCAGCAGAAUCCCAGCUCAGUGCAGGGAGAGGCGCUGGGAGGUGGCAGGCCUGGAGCAGCCGGGGGAGCAGCCCAGGGAGGCGCGAGGCGAGGGGGGGGCGCAGCCUGCACUCUGGGUGCAGCAGGAAUGACCCCCAGGCCCCUCUCAUGACUCAACUCCCACCCAGAGGCUUUUAAUAAACAAACACCUCACUUGGAA